UAUCCUCCGCAAAAGCACGCCUGAGCAUCCCCCUCCACCAAAAGAAAAUGAAAAUAAUACACAGGGAAAUAUGAGCACAGCUAUUUCUAUAACUGGUAAAGCUCUGAGAAAAGUAUAUUCAUUCAUUCUGAGUUGGAGUUCGGGUGAUCCUACACACAGCGAUGGAUUACAACGAUAAAUAGACCAAAAAGACGAGCGAUAACCUUGAGAAAAAUCAAGCGAAGAUUGCCUUCACAAAAGCGAGAAAAGUAUAUAUUCCUCUCCAAUCUACAUAGUGCAUGUCAAGUAAAAAUCAUCGUCCGUGCACACCCCUCCUGCCAUUGAUCAAUUGAUCCCGAGCACAAGAAAACACGUGACCGCGCGCGACGCGUCCCCACCCAACCAACGCGUCCAACGCACCUUUCUUCCUUUUCUCAACCACACCAUCGACACAAUUCCCUGCACCCGCUUGCCCACCCAUUCCAUCCCACCCGCUCUACACGCUAUACGAACCGAAGAGAAGAAGUAAAAGAAAAGAGAAGAAAAGAUGGAGUACCCUCAAACCCCGCGGAUCCUCGCCACCCACCUCCAGCAGUUCCAGCACAAGACGGUGCGCAUGGUCGGCAAAGUGGUUGAGCUGCGCGGCGAGACGGCGGUGAUUGAUGCGGGUGGGAAUGUGGAUGUUAUUCUGAACAGGGUAUGUUCUUUCUCUCUUUUCUUGGGGGGGAAAGAAGGGUUUUUCGUGACGUUGAGAUGGGAUGGGGGGAGUGGGGGAUACACAAAUGCUACAACAAGCAGAAGAGAAAGAAGAAAUAAAGUAGUCGCUAACAACACCCUCGCUUUGUGGGGGGAAUAGGACGCCCAUCUAGCACUCAACCACGCCGUCGAAAUCAUUGGAAAAGUCGAUGGCAAUCUCGCGGUCAAGGUCCUUGCUGCUACGGAUAUGGGGACGAAUAUCGGUAUGUCUAUCCGCUCCGCUCCCCUCUGCCCUCCCCUUUUUUCCCCCUCUUCUUCUUCUCUUCCUCGUUCCUUGGCAUCUUUCGUUGAGCAUGUGGGACUAAUUCGAUCCUUGGGGGGAUGAUGGGGCAGAUUUCAAAGCCAUCACCGCCGUCGUCAACGCGACACAUAGAUAUAA